AUGGACGGUGGAUUAGUGACCAACCCACCACCUAAGACCAUCUAUCAACAGAGGUUACAUCAGCUCUGGUAUUCCACCAAUCAAAAAGCCCCCCUGGGCAGGUCACGUGAUCAGAGCCCUGGGCUUCCAAAUUGGUUCGACACCGACACCGGCAAAGCCACAUUUGGUGUGAAAUCCCCCAAAACUGCAGCUGCAGGUGUUAUUAUCAACCCACCUAAAAGCGCGGAGCAGGUGGAGACAGAGGCUCAGGAGGGACACCAGUCUUAUAUCCGCUCCCACAAUGCCUACUUUGUCGGUGAACAGGUUGAUAGGAAAUACAAGUGGGGCAGUUAUGGAAAGGACGGCAGGUUCGGAGUGCCUACUCCCCACCACAACGAUGGACGCAGUGUCUCCAAAUCUCUCCACUGGUUGUGUGAUUCCCAUACUCAUAAGAGUGCAAAGUUUGUUUCUCAGAGAUGUGAUGACAGGGAAAGGAUACAGCCACAGAUUGGCAAAGUGCAUCACCCUAUAUGUUCCAGACCUAAAGUGCCAGCAGGUCAUACAUAUGGAAUCUUGAUGCGGCCAGAGGACUUUGGUGCGGGUGACCUUCUCCACUCCACCCCUCCAGCAGAGUACCAGAAAGGCACAGACAGACAGCGCACCCUGGUCAGUGCUGUACACCAGCACCUCAAGAAGGUCAACUUCCACAACUUUAACUCCCUGCUGCAGGCCUUCAGGCACGACGACAAGAAGGGUCAGGGUGUGAUCGACGGGGAGGACCUGCAGGACGUGUGUCAUCAGUUUAACCUGGACCUGAGUGGGCCGGUGCUGGAUGACUUGAUGGAGUACUGUGACAUGGACAAAGAUGGACUCAUCAACUUUCAGGAGUUCGCCAACUUCCUCAACUGGAAGGACAAAAUGCCCAUCAGUAAAGUGGAGCAGCGUAUUCUGACCAGUGAGUGUAAGAUCAGCACAGCCCCAGAUAACAUGCAGAGAAAGGCUCUCCCUGUGAGACCUGCAGCCUCAGAGGCUUUGGCCAGACCGGAGGACCGGGAACCUGCAGAGGUGGGCAGCACGCUGAAGAAUAGAUAUUUAGGUGAAAGAUGCAUGAUGAAUUUGAAAUAAUUCCCACACUUCUCAAAAACAAUUCAGGGAGGGAAAAUUCUCUGAGAU